UUAAAAUUAAAAUAUACUGGGUUUUGCCUUUACCAUUUGCUAUAUAAAUGUACCAUAUAUUUUACACUGUAAUAUAUAUCUGUGUUAUUAAGGUCUCAUUGCUCUUAAACUACUGGACUAAUUUUGAUUUCAAGAAUUAAGAAGAAGCAAAAUGGCGCGCCUCAUUCGUGUUCUUUCAGCUAUUCUUUUGGUGAUGCUCAUGUUUACAGCCACAGAGCUAGGGCCAAAUGUCGCGGAGGCUAGAACUUGCGAGACUAAAAGCUACAGGUUCAAGGGGCUGUGUGGGAGGAAGGCUAACUGUGCUGCUAUUUGCCAAGGUGAAGGCUUCCAGGGAGGCCACUGCCGAGGCUUCCGUCGUCGAUGCUUCUGCACUAGACAUUGCUAAUUAAUUAUUUAGCAUGCAUACAGAGUACUCCAUACACACAUAUCAACACUUCAUAUAUGUAAUUUUGAUAGUAUGUACUAUGUAAUGAAUGUUACCUUUCAAUUUGGGGUUGUUUUGAAUAAUAAUCAAUAAUGUGGUUUCUUUUCAUGUUGUGGAGGUUUAAAUUUGUCAAAGCUUAUGUAAUCAAAUGGAGUUAUAUACUUAUAUAUCA